CUGUUCGGCUCAAAGAAGGAAUCAGGCAGAUUCUGCUGACGGACCACAGACGGCUUCCUGUUCUGGAUUUGAAGGAGCAGUUGUCUCUUAGAGCAGUUUUACUGACCCAGGGUCAGUUUUAGUUGACAAACCAAACAAAAUUAAUUUCAGUGUUUUUUUUAGUCAGGUUAGUGCGAUCUCAAUGCAUCACUUCCUUUCCAUUGUGUUUUUACUGCUAGCCAUUGGGCUGCAUGUGAGUGUUCAGUCCACAGGAAAACGUUCUGAGCGGAGCACACACAGAAGUUACAAAUCAACUCUGACUGUGGGGAAUGGAAAGUACUUGGGUUCAUGGGGGUUUACGGACAUGUGUCCAUCUGGAACGUAUGCUGCAGGGUUUAGUCUGAAGGUGGAAGAAACUUCCUAUUUUAGGUACGAUAAUACAGCGCUCAAUGGGAUUCGUCUUCACUGUAUCAAUCCAUCAAGCCCAGAUGAGGACUACAUCACAAUUGAGUCCCGCGUAGCAAAGUGGGGUGAGUGGACGGCUAUCAAGUGGUGUCCUUCUGGAUUCUUAAAAGCUUUUCAGCUGAGAGUCGAACCUGACCAAGGACUUUCUGAUGAUACAGCCGCAAACAACAUCAGGUUCAAAUGCAUUGAAGAUUUGGUGGUGCAGGGCGACGGCACAGACCGGGGUGAAUGGGGCGAAUGGAGCCAAAAAUGUGAGGGAAUAGGAAUCUGCGGCAUCAGGACGCGGAUAGAAGAACCACAGGGAACUGGAGAUGACACCGCUCUCAAUGACGUGCAAAUGUACUGCUGUGCAUGAGGUGUAGGAAGAUGACAACAAGAACAGCAAAAAGACCAAUGGAUUAUAAUAACUGACCAUCAUACUACUAUUACUGAUACCAAACUGUCAAUCCUGUUACCCUAAACUUUGUUACCUUUCAGAGGGCAUAAUUAUAUCCUAAACCUCUUUUUAAAAUCUAGAAAUAAACAUCAUCUUACAUUA